AUGAGUACAUCUACAAACUCCGGAGGCCAACAACAAACAUUAUCUUUGGAUAAUGCAGCAACUGCAAGUUCAACUCCUCUUCCAUUAGCAUCUGAUCCUAAUGAUAACAAUAAUUCUGAACGCCUUAAACAGCAAACUCAACGGUUAACACAUCAUCUAAAUGGUUUAACAUCACCAACGAUACCAUCACCAUCAUCGGCAGCCAAUGUAUCAAGUAGUAACGGACAUGAAGCAUCAUCUGCCAAUGGAAAUAAUAAUCAUUUCAUAACAUCAUCAACGCAAACAAUUAUCACUGGUUCAUCGUAUCCUUCAAAUGGAGAUUCGAAUUCGUCGAGAACAUUUUCAAAUAGUCAAAAAGAAGUUUUAAGACUUAUUGGACAACAUUUACAAAGUGUUGGACUAAGUAAAACAGUUGAUAUCCUUAUCCAUGAAAGUGGUUGCGUAUUAGAACAUGAACAAGCAUCGAAUUUUCGAGAACUUAUUAUGUCAGGAAAAUGGACUGAAGCAAUAGUCGCACUUGAAAAAUUAAAACAAUAUAUUGAAGAACGCGAUGGCAUUCAACAAAUGAAAUAUUUAAUUCUUGAACAAAAAUAUUUCGAAUUAAUUGAAGAUAAUCAUGCUAUGGAAGCAUUGCAAUGUUUACGAUAUGAAAUUCAAGGAUUAAAAAUUCGUACUGAACGUACACAUGAACUUACCACAUUUCUUAUGUUUAAUUCAAUGAAAGACAUGUACAAAGCCGCUAAUUGGAGUGGUAAAGGUUUCCUAUCAAGACAAAAUCUUAUGGAAAAAUUACAGAAAUUUCUUCCUCCGGAUGUUAUGUUACCACCCAAACGUCUCGAAUCCCUUCUAACUCAAGCUGUUGAACUACAACAAGAACGAUGUACAUACCAUGUUAAACCAGGAACAUUAACACUCGAAGAUGUUUCAUUGCUCAAGGAUCAUGCGUGUUCGAAACAAACGUUUCCUUGUGUUACAAUACAAACUUUAACUGAACAUUCAGACGAAGUUUGGUUUUGUAAAUUUUCUCCUGAUGGAACUAAACUUGCUACUGGCUCCAAAGAUGGUUAUUUGCAUAUCUAUGAUGUAGACCUGGAAACCUAUAAAAUGAAAUUAAGAAAACAAUUUGAAGGACAUUCAUUCGGCAUUGGUUGUAUUGCUUGGUGUCCAUUUAGUCGAUAUGUUAUUGCGUGUGGAACAGAUGAAUGUAAUGAAUUGUGGAUUUGGGAUGUUGAACAAGAAGAACAGCGAUCACGUAUGACCCAUACACCUGAAGAUAGUUUAACUUGCGCUGCAUGGUUACCAUGUGGACAGCGAUUUGUAUGCGGAGGAUCACGUGGACAAUUCUAUUACUGUGAUAUUGAUGGUAAUGUUAUUGAUAGUUGGGAAGGUGUUCGACUUCAAUGUUUACAUGUAACGCAUGAUGGAUUGAUUCUAGCAGCCGAUGCACAAAAACGUAUUAGUUCUUAUAAAUUCGAUAGUUUAACCGAUCAACAAAUAAUUCACGAAGAUCAUCCGAUUAUGUCGUUUACUGUUAGCAAAGACGGUCGAUUAGCACUUUUGAAUAUUGCUACACAGGGUGUUCAUCUAUGGGAUCUGCAUGAUAAACAAUUGGUCCGCAAAUAUCAAGGUGUAACACAGGGUAACUAUGUCAAUCAUGCAACAUUCGGUGGACCCAAUGAAGAGUUCAUCGCAAGUGGUAGUGAAGAUUCGAAAGUCUACCUAUGGCAUCGACGACAAGAGCGGCCCAUCAUGGUAUUUUCAGGCCAUACACGUACUGUCAAUUGUGUUUCAUGGCAUCCGACCUCACCGCUCGUUUUUGCAUCAGCAUCCGAUGAUGCAACUGUUCGAAUUUGGUCGACUCCGGAACAUCAAACAAAAACAGUAUUGCCGAAUAACGAACCAUCAUCUUGA